AUGGCCGCCAUCCUCGGCAUGGGCAACCCGCUGCUGGACAUCUCCGCCAACGCCGACAAGGCAAUGUUCGAGAAGUACGGCCUGGAGCCCGGUGGCAUCAUCCUGGCCGAGGAGAAGCACAUGCCCGUGUACGCGGAGAUGCAGGCCAAGCCGGACGUGAAGUACAUCGCGGGCGGCGCCACGCAGAACAGCAUCCGCGUGGCGCAGUGGAUGCUGCAGGAGGCGGGCGCCACCGCCUACAUGGGGUGCGUCGGCAAGGACGCCAACGCCCAGAAGCUCAGGGACGCGUGCGUCGCCGACGGGGUCAACGCCCAGUACAUGGAGGACCCCACGACUCCGACGGGCCUCUGCGCCUGCCUCAUCAUGGACAAGGAGCGGUCGCUGUGCACCAGCCUGGCGGCGGCCAACAACUACAGGGCGGACCACGUGAGGCAGCCGGCGAACUGGGCGAUUGUCGAGAAGGCGAAGAUCAUCUACAGCGCCGGGUUCUUCAUCACGGUGUCCCCCGAGGCCAUCGAGGCCGUCUCCACGCACACCCGCCAGUCUGGCGCCACCUACUGCCUGAACCUGUCUGCGCCGUUCAUCGUGCAGGUGCCGCCCUUCCGCGCCUGCCUCCAGAAGACGCUGCCGGACGUGGACUACCUCUUCGGCAACGAGACGGAGGCGCGCGCCUACGCGGAGGCCUGCGGCUGGGAGACAGACAACGUCGAGUUCAUUGCCACUCGGCUUUCGCUGGUCCCGAUGAACGAGAAGGCCGGCAAGACGAGGAAGCGCCACGUGGUCAUCACGCAGGGCUGCGAGCCCACGGUGGUGGCCCUCAACGGUAUGGUCACCCUCUACCCGAUCAUCAAGUUGGAUUCCAGCAAGAUCGUGGACACCAAUGGCGCCGGAGACGCCUUCGUGGGGGGCUUCCUUGCCGCUCUGUCCAAGGGCAAGGACACCAAGGCGUGCUGCGAGGCCGGCAACCACUCCGCCUCCAUCGUCAUUCAGCAUUCAGGCUGCACGUACCCCGCCAAGCCCGAGUAUUCGUGGUAG